AUGUCAAAGCCAUCAGACAGCACCGCUGCCCCUUCCUCGCGAGCCUCAUCCUCCACUCAAAACGGCCGCGCAGACUCCACCAACGCCUCGGGUACAGGAGCCGGGUCCGCUACGGAGUGGCACCCCAUGUCGCCUCAGCCUAAUAGCCGCCCAAACUUGGAUGACCGCAGACAACUAUCCAGCAUAAGCAUCUGCAUGGGACACCGACCUCACACAAUGUUCCCCAAUCCCCCGUCGACGGGGCGUCCGAUUGUUCCCAGGUUGCCCAAGGUGCUAAUGGGCAACACUGCCGUCGUCUGGCCUGAUCCGUGGCCGGUGGAGCAGCGUGGCGAUGCUGAGGAUACCCGUGCUGCACAUCACGGCAAGAAUGGUACAGACGGCACUCCGCCGCAACGAAAGAAGGAGUGA